AUGAAGGAGCAAGGAUUACUACCCGACUAUGUAAUCCAUCUCAUAGAAGAUCAAGCGAAACAAGCCAGCUCGAAGCGAUCUUUUCAAACAUCCGCGAUAAAUCGGCUUUUCACUCGAAGCGGUGAUGGGACCUUGGCUCUCAACCUCGAUCAUGGACUAUUUGUGGAAGCACAAACCAUCCACACCAAGCAUUUCUCGAAAGGGUCCCAGAAGGCCCUGCCACAGUCGGUCAUGAAAGGCCUCUACUUCGGUAAUUCGCAGGCGGCUUUCGAGGCAGCAGUGAAUGCAGGCGAAGUGGUGGAAGUCACCGGGGAAGACGGAAAGACUUAUUGGGCUUACCAGUCCUACGAAGUCGGCCGUGAAGACGGCAAGAGCACUACACAGACGUUGACCAAGCAGCAGAACAAGCUGAAGAAGGGAGAGAUGGACAUUCUAGCCGAGGCUUUCAAGGGAGUGAAUUGGAAGCUUUCGACGAAGGAUCAAGCUGACAUGGUCAACUCAGAGGGUGUGGUGUCACCGGCUGCACAGACCCUGCUCCAGCAGGGCAUGAAUCUCAUCAAGAAGCUUACCGGCAUCGACGACAAAAAAUGCCACGAGCUGAAAGUCGCCUGCUCCAAGGCCACAUUGUUCACGACCCAGAUGCAGCAGGUCUCGGAUCUCCACAUCCUUCCCGAAGGGAAGGAACUCACGAAGAAGGGGCUCCAGGACUUCAUGCUUCUGAUCGCCAAAGCUACUGCCGACAUGAACCUCCUCGUCGAGACGGCGAAAGGGAUUGCCCGUGCGAACACGCGGGACAUGGAAGCAGCUGAGAACAAUCCCAAGAUUUAUGAGGAGGUGCAGAAGUUGUCCAAUGUUGGCUGCGGCGUCGUGUUUGUUACCACACGAAUUGUUCGCAUCGAUAUACCACAGCUACAGAUCGACAUGGACAAAAUGCAUCGUCAAGAGCGAAGAGGUUUGCGAGAACUUCUGGACAACAAUGGCAGGUGUGUGCCGCUCGCCCUUCACGGCGAUGGAGUGCCGCUCACAGGAGUGGGCAAAUCUUGGCAGAAUACGAUAACCGACUUCUCCUUCUACUCACUUCUUGGUGAAGGGAAAACUCCCGAUCUGCUGAUGUUCGUGUACUGCCUUUUUGACAAGUUGAGGAAGAUGGGCCGAGACAGCACCGCUACGGCACAUCGUUUUUUUGAGUACAAGCCAGGCAGUGAGGAGGCCAAGAAGGCUGGGAAGCCCCUUGCAGACGGAUGGUAUGGCAAGGCUGCUGAGAUAAAAUAUUUGGCAGCUCCUUUUUCGGCCGUGUGGGAGCACUUCAAGAACCCGCAUUUGUCAUUGCAUGCAGACAUCAGCCUCCUCCUCAAGCUCAACAAGCUUAUUGAGGACAUCCUCAUUGAAAGGAAGGGUGAAGUGUCGCUCGGAGAGGAUGCUACAAGAUUCGAGGAGGCUCUCAAUGCUUUUUUAUCUUUGCAAUCCAAAGUUGCUUCAUGUCUUCAGGAGGCGAGUGGGGAGAACAUGAUGGCCAUCACAGAAAAAGCACAUUUCUUACAACACAGUGCUAUGUUAUCCAAGUACCUGUCGCCGAGGUUGGUGUGGGUCUUCGGAGGGGAAGAUCAGCAGCGAAGAGUGCAAUGCCUUGGAAAAUCCGCCGUUAAGGGCAAUGGACCGACGAAAGCAGUGCUGAAAAUGGUUUCCAAGUACAGGAUGGCCCUUCAUUUCCAGUUUCAGACCCACGAUGGGUAG